AUGGCACAGACACAUCCGCAGAUCCUCAUCCACCGACAGUCGAUCCACCACAAGGACGACUUCUGGCUGCGGGCGGCACGCGCCAUCCACUGGCACAAGCCGCCCACCGUCGCGCACGGCGUGUCGUCCAACCGCAAUGCGCCCUACCUCGAUCCUCAGGGCGCCACAUGGUUCCCGGACGCCCAGCUCAAUACGUGCUUCAACUGCGUCGAUCGACACGUCUACACCCAGGCCCACGCUUCGGCGGCCCCUGUCACCGCCUCGCCCGACACUCCGCACCUGGCGCUCGCCCCAACCGCACACCGCGUCGCUUUCCACCACGUCUCGCCGCUGUCGUUCCAGACGCAGAACGCACGCUCCAUCACGUACUACGAGCUGCUGCAGCAGGUUCAGAUCGUAGCGGGCAUUCUGCGCCACAAGGGCGUGCAAAAGGGCGAUGCGGUGGUCAUCUACAUGCCCAUGGUGCCCGAGACUUCGAUCGCCAUGUUGGCGUGCGCAAGGAUCGGCGCGGUGCACUCGGUCGUCUUUGGCGGUUUCGCUCCCAAGGAGCUCGCAAAGCGCAUCCAGGACUCCAAAUGCAAGAUGGUCAUCGCUGCCAGUUGUGGAUUGGAGCCCAAGGGGCCUGUGGAUUACAAGCCGCUGGUCGACGAAGCGCUGCGGGUAUCCGAGCACAAGCCGCAGUCCGGCCUGCUCUUCCUACGCAGGCACACCAUCAAGGGCCACACUCCUGCGACGUGUGCAUCCGAGGGUAAGCCCGGUCCCGCAGAUCUGCCAGAGUGGGACUGGGAGACCGAAAGCAAGCUCACGGCGGACAAGCAGGGCGGUCGAUCGCCGUGCUGGGAGUGUGUGCCCGUGGCGAGCGAGGAUCCCAUCUACACGAUUUACACGAGCGGAACCACGGGCGCGCCAAAGGGAGUCUGCAGACUGUCCGGGGGCCACAUCGUUGCACUUCGAUAUUCGAUCGAGCAUACGUUUGGCAUGACGCCCAGCGAUGUCAUGUUUUGUGCCUCGGAUCUGGGCUGGGUCGUGGGCCACUCGUACAUUCACUACGGACCGCUGCUGCUCGGUGCGACGUCGAUUGUGUUCGAGGGCAAGCCGGUGCUGCCGGACGCGGGUAUCUGGUGGCGCAUCUGCUCGCAGUACCGUGUGACGCAGAUGUUCUGUGCGCCCACGGCGCUGCGUGCGAUCGUGGGGCAGGAUGCAGAUGCCCAGCUCAUGCGCGCACCCGGUGUGGACCUGAGGAGUCUGCGCACGCUCUUCCUCGCGGGCGAGCGGUCCGAGCCCCAGAUCGUCGCGCGCUUCGAGCGGCUGCUCAAGGAGCUCGCCGCACCGGGCGCCCAGACCAACGACAACUUUUGGUCGAGCGAAUCCGGCUCACCCAUCACAGGCCUCAUGCUGUCGUCGGCGUUUGGACCCCUGCCUGCGCGACCGGGAAGCGCGGGUCUGCCAAUGCCCGGCAUGGACGUACGCAUCGUCGACGACGAUGGCCGCGAGCUGCCGCAUGGCAAGAUGGGCAAUCUCGUACUAGCGACGCCCCUGGGCCCGAGCUUCCUCGGUGGCCUGUGGAGAAAUCCGGAGCGCUUCCACAAGAGCUACUUUGCUACCUUUGCCGACAAGGGCGGCUGGUUCGAGACGGGCGAUCAGGGCGUCAUCGACCCCGAUGGCUACGUGAGCAUCCUCGCGCGCUCGGACGACAUCAUAAACGUCUCGGCCCACCGCCUCGGCACGGGCCUCAUCGAACAGGUCGUCACCUCGCACCCGGACGUCAUCGAGUGCGCCGUCGUGGGCGCGCCCGACAAACUCAAGGGCCAGUCGCCGUUUGCGAUCGUCGUGGCGCACGCCAGAGUGGCAGCGGCCAGUGGCGACCAGCCGCACAACUCGGCACAGAGCAAGUCGGCAAAACAGAUGCUCAAGAACAUCAACGACCACGUUCGCAAGGAGAUGGGCCCCAUCGCCCAGUUGUCGGGCCUCAUCGAGGCGCAGAAGCUGCCCAAGACGCGCUCGGGAAAAACGCUCCGAAGGAGUCUCAGGCAGGCAGUCGAAAAUGCAGCCGCCGGAAAGAGGAAUGCGCCUGUCGACUUUCCACCCACCAUCGAGGACAAGGACGUGAUCGAUACAGUGCGCAAGGCGAUCGAACAGUACUUUGACGCGCUCGACAGCCCCAACGCCUCCUCCACCUCGACCUCCACUGCAACACCUGCUGACUCGACUCGCGCCAUGUCACUACCCGCGGGCGUCAAGCCCACCAUGAAGGCGCUGCAGCUCGAGCGGCCCGCCGGAGAAGCCAAGAAGGGCCAGCGCAACGUGGCGCUCGUGCGCGAGGUCGCCACGCCCAAGCCCAAGUCCGACCAGGUGCUCGUCAAGAUCCACGCCGCCGGCUUCAACCGCAGGGACGAGUGGUCCAUGGUGGGCGCCUACCCGGGUCUCGUGUACACCAAUGCCACCAUGGGCUGCGAUGGCGCAGGCACCGUCGUUGCACCGCAGGGAUUCAGCGUGCCCAACCAGCACCCAGACGGCCUGGUAUUGCUGACUCCCACCCGUGGUUGGGAUUCGGACAAGGACGGACCGGAAGCCGAACUGCCCGGUCUCAGCGACGAACAAAGGUCCAACGGACUUGGCGGCAAGGGCUUCGGUAUCUUGGGUGCUACGGCGCCGACUAACGGCGUCGGCACUUUCGCGGAGUACGUCGCCGUCGAGAAGGACCAGAUCGUUGCGGCGCCCAAGCACCUUACCGCCGAACAGGCCGCCACACUCCCCUGCGCCUCAGUCACUGCCUACAGGGCGCUGUUCACCAAGGCGCAGGUGAGCAAGGGGCAGAACGUGCUUCUGACGGGCGUAGGUGGUGGCGUAGCGAUGCUGGCGCUCCAAAUGGCCGUUGCAGCUGGUGCCAACGUGUACGUCACGGGAGGCUCGGCGGACAAGAUCGCGCGUGCAGUGAAGCUCGGUGCCAAGGCCGGUACGGAGUACAAGGACACGAACUGGCCGGGCAAGAUCCGUAAGCUUCUGCCUCGCGCGCGGCCGUAUCUGGACUGCGUUAUCGACAGUGCCGGCGGGGAGAUCGCCGCACAGGCGCAGAAGGCUGGGCUGAAAGCGGGCGGCCGCGUGGUGAUCUUUGGCAUGACGGCGGCACCCAAGUUGACGUAUACGAUGAAGGAGGUGCUCAAGAACAUCGAGGUGCUCGGAAGCACCAUGGGCAGCGCCAAGGAGUUCGAACAGAGCAUCCGCUUUGUCGAGCAGCAUAGAAUCGUGCCCGUUGUGGAUACCGUGCUGGACGGGUUGGAACAGGCGGAUAGGGGAUUUGAGCUGCUCGCUCAGGCAGAUAAGAGGUCCGGUGGCAAGGUGGUCAUCCGUCUCGCGAGCGAACAGCCAAAGAGCAAGCUCUAG